AUUAUAGGACAGUUGGAAUAGUAAUAAUAUUCACGUCGUCCGUCCGAGCUCAGAAAAUGAGCGCAGUUCCCACCUGUCUCACUGUCACUGCAAAUUGGCUAUUUUCUUCUUCUUCGUCCAAAUCGCAGAAGUCAGCUAAUCUUCACUUUCAGCACUCUUUCAGAUUCUGUGGAACUCAUCAACUUCUCCGCCGUAACGCAUCACCGACCUUAACUUUGACUCGUUGCUCAACCCACCUUCUCAGCAAGGUCGAAUUCUCCAUGGCCGAGUCCGAUUCAAGCUGCGAUAAUAUUCCUGCUUAUGCUGAAAUCGUUGUGGUGCGUCAUGGUGAAACGGAGUGGAAUCACGACGGAAGAAUUCAGGGUCAUUUGGAUAUUGAUUUGAAUGAUGCUGGGAGAGAGCAAGCAGCUGCAGUGGCUGAAAGAUUAUCGAAGGAGCCUAAAAUCUCAGUUGUGUACAGUUCUGACUUAAAGAGAGCUCUUGUUACUGCAGAGACUAUCGCAGCCAUAUGUGGUGGAUUAGAGGUUAUUAAAGAUCCUGAUUUACGAGAAAGGCAUUUAGGGGAUCUUCAAGGUAAAGUAUAUAGUGAUGCUGCCAAAGCCUGUCCUGAGGCGUACAAGGCCUUUAUAUCUCCAAGGAAAGACCAAGAAAUUCCUGGUGGGGGUGAAAGUCGUGAUCAACUCUUUGUACGCUGUACUUCUGCGUUAGAGAGAAUAGGUAGAAAGCAUAAAGGAGAGCGAGUAGUUGUGGUCACUCAUGGAGGCGUGAUCAGAUCGCUGUACAAGAGGGCUUGCCCAAACGAGAAGACUGGACCGAAGGUCCUUAAUACUUCUGUCAAUGUGUUUCACUUGUCUGAUGGGGACAAAUGGACCUUACAGGUCCGGGGUGAUGUCUCUCAUCUCAACCAAACAGGUUAUCUCGAAUCGGGUUUUGGUGGGGACAAAAAUUCUGGUUAGUUAAGUGCUAUUAUUAGUACACUAUGCCAUUUUGUAAUAACCAGUUCAAACACAUGGAGAAGAUUCAGAGUACUGGAAAGUGUAGGAAAGAGUACUGGACACCAUUUUAAGCAAUUCUUUCAUCCAACUUUGGGGAUGAGACUGAACCACCUUUUAUGCGCCGCUAAUGUUGUUAUAUUUAAAAUUAUCAUAUACUAAGAUAAGAUGUACCUAAAAUGCUUUUUAAUGCAAUAUUAUUUAUCCUC